AAAAAAAAAAAAAAGUUGCAACUGUCCACAAAUCCCCACACAAACGCUGACAACAACAACAACAACAACAACGAUGAGCGAAGCCAAGGAUGAGACAGCCGCAUCUAUGACGCUGCGGGUGGUGUACGCAAAGGAGACGAAGAGGGUCACGGUGUCCAGCGACCAGACAGUGAAGGACUUGAAGGAGCUCAUUGCGAAGGAGACUGGGUGCCCUGUUGCACAGAUGAAGCUCAUGUUCAAAGGGUUGCUGGCGGCACCUGGCAAACCCGAGCUGGACGCAAAGAAGAUCUCGGAGACCGGAUUGAAAGAGAAAGCAAAGGUGUUGGUUGUGGGCGCAACGCAGACACAAGUUGCCGAGGUCACACAAGCAGACCAGGUGUCAAACACGGCUGCGUUCAAGGCGCAAGCGGCUGCAACCACUGUGAAGAAGAAGUGGAGCGAAGAAAGGGUGCAUCGUGAAAUCAUCCAGAAGGGCCCUCCGGCGGACGCCCCUUUUGCGUACCGCCCUGGUCAGGAUCCGCUGCCCGACGGUCCGCUUGCCGGCCUCAUCGGCGAUGGCGGCAAGAAGGCCCGCCUGCACAUCAAGACGGCAAACAACAAGCUCAUCAUCCACUAUCCAAACACAUCCCAAGAGGUAUGAGUGCCG